AUGACCCUUCUUUAUCUCACGGCGUUUGUCUUCCUCGCCCGCCUCGUAGCAUCGGCGCAGAACCUAACGGUAGACCUUGGCUACGCACGGUACAAAGGCCGAGGCCUGUCGGAUGGCAUUGCUCAAUGGCUCGGAGUACGAUACGCGGCCUCCCCUGUAGGGAGCUUGCGCUUCUCUGCACCGCAGGAUCCGGAGGCGGUAGAUGGUGUCCAAGAGGCAUCUCAGCAUGGUCCUCUGUGUAUCCCCACUGGCGAUUCUCCAGCUCCGGCAGGAACAUCUGAAGAUUGUCUAUUUCUCGACGUAUACGCCCCUAGCGCAUCAAAGAACAGCACGGGGCUACCCGUGUUUGUAUGGAUACAAGGGGGAGGCUUCAAUACCAAUUCGAAUGCCAACUACAAUGGGACAGGGUUGAUCCAAGCGUCCGGCACGGGCAUUGUGGUGGUCACUUUCAACUACCGAGUGGGCCCUUAUGGCUUCCUGUCGGGACAGGAGGUGUUGAAGGGAGGAAGCGUGAACAAUGGCCUGAAGGACCAGCUCAAAGUUCUGAACUGGGUCCAGACACAUAUCAGCAAGUUUGGAGGCGAUCCAAAACAUGUUGUUAUUGGUGGUGACAGUGCAGGGGCAGCCUCUGUCACACUUCUUCUUUCAGCCUACGGUGGCAAAGAUCAAGGACUGUUCCAUGCAGCAGCAGCAGAGUCGCAAAGCUUCGCCCCCAUGCUGACUGUCAAUCAGAGCCAAUUCACAUACAACAAUCUUGUUAUCCGCACUGGCUGCGCAAGCGAGACAGAUACGCUCGCUUGCUUGCGCAACCUGGAUACUGCGAGCCUGCAGAGCGAAAACUUCAAUACCCCCUUUCCUACAGCCCAGAAAGCGCCUCUCUACAUGUACGGACCUGUGCUCGACGGAGAUCUUGUCCUUGACUACACAUAUCGCCUGUUCCACCAGGGGAAAUUCAUCAAAGUUCCCGUCAUCUUCGGCGACGACACGAACGAAGGCACGAUUUUCGUGCCCAAGAAUACUUCUAGCGUUAGCGAAGCCGACACGUUCAUACAGAGCCAGUUCCCUAACAUAAGCCUGGUCCAGCUCGCCAAGAUCAACAACUGGUAUCUGACAGAGAACCAAACACGCCAGUUCCCUCAUGCGAAGCCAUACUGGAGGCCUGCCGGCAACGCAUAUGGCGAAAUCCGCUACAUUUGCCCCGGCAUCGACAUGUCAACCGUGUACUCCCAGGCGGGCGUGAACAGUUGGAACUACCACUAUGAUGUCCAGGACCCAGACGCAGAAGCCUCGGGAGAUGGCGUUACCCAUACCGUGGAGGCGAAUGCCAUCUGGGGCCCGCAGUACGUGAGUGGGACGCCGCCCUCCUCAUACUUCACCUCGAACGCGCCCAUUGUGCCGGUCAUGCAGGGCUACUGGACCAGUUUUAUCAAGACCUUCGAUCCCAACCCUCAUCGUUCCCUUGAUAGUCCAGAGUGGAAGACCUGGGGUGUUGGCAAUGAGAGCUACCAUCGUAUUUGGAUCCGAACAAACCAAACUGCUAUGGAGACAGUCCCGACGGACCAGCAAGAGCGAUGCAAGUACUUGACCAGUAUUGGGACGGAUCUUCAGCAGUAA